AUGGCGACCCAGAAAGAACUAAUCGAGGUCGACCUGACCCAGAUUUUGAAGCCACCUGAUUGGCUACAGCACGACGUAGACUAUGACGUCGAGGUUAUAACCAAUCCGAUGCCACAGGGUGAGAAACCGGAAGACUUCCUGCUACUGAGGAGUCAGUUCGAUUCGCGUAUCAUGAACGGGGCCCUGGGUCCUGCCCCACCGGAAUCCGGAGCGAAGGGUAGUGGGGCUGGGCCCGCCACUGUGAUNUUAAAAAGAUCUGAGAACGGGGUUAGGAGGUUGGCCUCGCAUCCAUUGCUCCCAUUCUAUGUUUCCGGAGCGGACGACGGAUGCGUGAAACUGUGGGAAUGGGGACAGAGCGGAUGCGUCAGUGAAGUUAGGAAAUCCGGAGCCUUCCCGAAGGUCACAAAGGUCAACUUUAAUGCCCAGGGGAAUAAGAUCGGGAUAACGGACGUGGAGGGCUCCAUGUGCUUGUGGCAAGUUGGAUCUGGAGUAGUCAUGAACAAGCCCUACCUGACGAUCAAAUGCCACAACAAGACGACUAGCGACUUCGCGUUUGUCGGUUCGUCGAGUAUUUUCGGCUCGGCCGGUUAUUCGACCGACAAUCGGAACAUCGCCCUCUGGGAUACGCUGCUGCCGCAGAGGAAGAUGAUGAUUCAAUCCUUCUUGUGUCACUCUGACGGCUGCCCUACACUCGUCUACGCCCCCAUCCAUCAAAUCAUAAUCAGUGGCGGCAAGAAGGGUGAGAUUUGCAUAUUUGACGUCAGGCAGAAGCAACUACGUCAUACAUUCCAAGCCCACACGUCUGCCGUCAAAAGUUUGGCGGUAGAUGAGUCGGAAGAAUAUUUCGUUUCCGGCGCUGCUGACGGGGACAUCAAGGCCUGGAAUCUCUCCUACCACAGCCUCCUGCAUUCCUUCACGGGAGAACAUUCCAAAUCAUCGUCCGCCAUUUUCAGAAACGUCACUUCCGGCGUCCUCCAGGUGACCUUGAACUCCCAAGGUCACCUUUUCUCGUGCGGCAACGACGGGACGAUGAAAAUUAGGCAACUGCUACUGGGGAGAGAUAGAUUGUUUGGGAGAGGAGAUUUCAGCUUUGGGUACAAUUGAGAGAGAGAGAGAAAGAGAGAGAGGGAGAGGAGAGAGAGGAGAGUAAGAGAAAGAGGAGAGAGAGAGAGAGAGAGAGAGAGAGAGAGAGAGAGAGGUUCUUUGUGGUUGUUAACAUUGUUUUUUAUAUGAUGCAACGCUUGCUUGUUUUCAAUAAAAUCAAAAUAGUUCAUUCAUUCAAUUAUUUAUUUGA